UUCCACCAGGAGCUGGAGAGCGGCAUCAAGUUCACCCUCGACUACCAGGUGAUCAGUGGGGGACACUAUGACGUAGACUGCUACGUGGAGGACCCCAACGGCAAGACCAUCUACCAGGAGACCAAGAAGCAGUACGACAGCUUCCCACACCGCACCGAGGUCAAGGGUGUCUACACCUUCUGCUUCAGCAAUGAGUUUUCCACCUUCUCCCACAAAAUCGUCUACUUCGACUUCCAGGUGGGCGACGAGCCGCCCAUCCUGCCCGACAUGAACAACCGCGUCACUGCCCUGACACAGAUGGAAUCCGCCUGCGUCACCAUCCAUGAGAUGCUGAACUCGGUGAUUGACUCCCAGACCCAUUACCGGCUGCGGGAGGCGCAGGACCGGAGCAGAGCCGAGGAGCUCAAUGGCCGUGUCUCAUACUGGUCGGUGGGGGAAACCCUCAUCCUCUUCGUGGUCAGCAUCGGACAGGUGAUGCUGCUCAAGAGCUUCUUCACCGAGAAGAGACCCGGCAGCAGUGGGACCAGCACCUAGAGCCGAUGUGUCUGUGCCCGAGCAGAGCGGGGAGCGGGAUGGCAGCGGCCCUGGGGUUGUGCUUUCCCUCUGGCCUGUGCCGGAGGUGGGAGCAGGGGGUGACGUGACGCUGCUGAGUGGGGUGGACAGGGUGGACGUGGACACCCAAGUACAGGCAUCCCCCCACAUCGCCUCCCACUCGCCAUGGCCCACCUCGCUGCCCUGUCCCCCUGCCUGGCCACCCUGUCCACACUCUCUGGCUCCUCUGAGAAGCGGGCGGGUGCCCUGGACCAGUAUCAGCACCAACACUGGGGGACCCUCAGAGCCCGACAUGACUGCAAUGGCCACGAGCUGCCCCUCGGAGCCCUGCACGGCCAGUGAGGGGAUGGGGCAGCUCUGGCCCACCUGGUGCCCACCCAGUGCCAUCAGCCCGAGGAGAGCUGCCCGUGGGCUGGGGGUCUCUGUCUGCACCCUGAUUGUCCCAGGGCACUCCCAGCAGCAGAGCUGCAGCAGCAGCAGCAGCAUCCCAUGAGGGCAGGUUUUUUGCUGGGUGGUCCUGUGGCUCUACUAGCCCCUCCCCUCGAAGCAUUUCUCAGGCCAGCAGUGUUUGAUUUGCCCCUACCAGGUGGUAUUUUCAUACUCACAUGGGUCCACGCCUGAGAGUCAGCCCACCACGCACCCCCCCUGCAGAUACGUGCCAGGGAAGCCCCAUCCCUGC